AUGUGCAUCCGAGACGUACGCAUCUACACAUGCCUCGGCCAGGAGGAGCGCGACGUCAAGACGCACAUCGAGAAGGUCAAUAUUCUCUGCGCCGCCCUCGAACCCUGUCCCGCCGACCUCUGGGACCGCCGCGAAACCCGUCAUCCCUACGGCUGCCCCUCAUGCACCGGCCGGUCGUCUCUCGUCACGCCCGCUGGCCUUCCCGACGUUGUCGUAACCUGGACAACCCCUCGCCAUGACGACGUUGAUGCCCAGUUUGCCGACCGCUACGUCAGUGACUGGGCCUCGUACAUGCGACCCCUCAUCGGCUGUCUCCUCACCCACACCUGGGGACCCCGCGGCGCUCUCUCCUGGGACGACAUGUACGCCGCCUACGCCUGGCUCACCCGCGAGACGGCCUGCAAGGAGCACAGCCACUGGCUCAACCGCUGCCGCUGCGACGCCAACGCUUCGGACGUCAGGCGGUUUCUCUACAACCCCGCCACCGCCUUGCGCACCAUGGCCGCCACGCGCGCAGGCCAGCCGAUCCGCGACCUCGUCUACCGGCGCGACGCCGUGCACCCAAGCCGUCAUUCAGAAGUCAUCGAACGGGCGACCGCCGAGGCGGCGAGCGAGACGCGGCUGCGCAGGGAGCAUGCCGAGCGCAAAGAGGCGUUUCCGUUCUUCCGCGACGGCCGGGCCCGGUGCCAGCCGUACUGGGAGGCGCAGUUCAAGUUCCGCACGACGCUGCUCGAGCACCAGGCGCGCACGACGCUCCUGCUCGAGGACAGAGCGUCGCGGCCGUGGCACAGGAUGUGGGGCGACGAGCCGGAGAUGCUCGACAUGGAGGCGCACGACAACGGGGUGAGGACGGCCGUGCUGCGGUGCAUGGGCCACAUGAUGGUCGAGGACAUUGGGCUGUCGGACGCGCGGCUGCAGCUCGUGCUCGAGCGGCUCUUCGAGAUCGUGCCGGCGCCGACGUGGCUCGUGCAGCAGAAGAGCGACUGGUUCGCCAAGGAGACGGUCUACCAGCAGAGCCAGCUUCUCUUCUGGUUCCUGACGCGCGAGGUCACGGGCGCGCAGCUCCGCGCGGGGACGCAGCUCCAGACGCAGGGCGGCGACGGCGACGUGCCAGAGGGUCGCGACGUGCCAGAGGGCGGCGACGUGCCACAGGGCGCGCAGGACGUCUUCUGCUGCCCGCUCUGCACGAACGCGUACUUUGACGCGGCGGACGGCGCCGAGCUCCUCGCGGCCAGCCCGGCGGGUCACGGUCCGGGCGAGAGUCACGGCACGUCGGUGCACUCGCGCACGUCGGCGGACGAGAGGUCGCGCGACAGGGAGGACUGGGCGUUCUACUACGAGCGCGACAGGUACUGCGAGGGCGAGGUGCCGGUGGAGAUUGUGCAGUGCGGGCACGUGUUUGGGGCGCGGUGCCUCUUCCAGCUGCUCGUCCGGCAGGGGCCCGAGACGGACUGGUCGUGCCCGGACUGCCGUCGGUGCUUCCAGUCGUGGGGCCGCCAGCCGCGCAUGGCGCAGCGGUUGCUGGCGGCUGUCAGGGAGGAGCAGCCAGUGGACGACGGCACGGUUGGGUAG